UUUAUCAAGAAACAGCAGAAUAGAUCAAAAUAGCAAACGCUUUCGCUGGUAGUCAUGUCAAUGUCCCUACCAUAAAUGUUGCGAGUCGCGAAGUGAGGGGCAGCGAAACGGGCCAGUUCACCACCAGCGAUGCGUGUGCUUGCCGCUAUCCUCAUACUCGCGUGGUCGUGCCGUGUGCGCGCAUUCCAACAGACAAUCACGUCACGCGUACUACAUUCAAUCGUAGGCGAUGCAACAAACACACCUGUGCGACGCGUUUUAGAUUGUACUCGCGAACUAGGCGUAGCGAAAUGCUUAAACGCAUUCAGUCUGUGGCGGGCAGAAAAGGCUCUCACGACUUUUGCAGGAGAUAAUAACGCAUUGUUCAAUUUGACCGAGGAUAUACAAGGGUUUUCUUGGAAGACAUAUAAGAAUUGGUCCGAUGAUGAAUUGUAUUCGCAACUUUGUGACGAUACUAAGCAAUUGCUGCAGUAUCGUACUAUGUUAUUUAAUGUUCCCGGCUACAAGUUUGAGUUGGGAUCAAAAGGCAACGGAACGCUGAAUAUCGAUGUGAUUUCAAAUAACGACGGAGAAUCAGGCCGCGGUAUGAAAAAAAUGCAAAAAACAUUCUACAAAAUAGUACCUUUUCUAUUGUUGCCGGGUCUCCUCAUGUCGGCGGUACUGCCAUUUGUCUUGCCAGCAUUAAAAAUGAUGACCGUUGCUGUCGGCAUUUUGAAUAAUAUGGCGCUAACUGGCGCUGUUUUCACACUUCUCAGGAACAAUGCAUUUAAUGACAGAUAUGAGCACAAAGUUUUAUAUGUUAACGAAGGCUACAAGAACGAGAAGCGUGCCAAAGUAAAUCUAAAACCAGAACAUCACGUGCACGACGAUGUUGAAUACGAUAUACCAGAAAAGUCAGAAUAUCAGGAAGAAUAUGUUAUUGAAAAUGAUAAUCAUCACUUCGCUCAUGAACUAAAUUCAGAUUGGAUUAAAGAUUAUUAUGGCGAUAGAUUCGUAAAAAUUUAAUCUUAAUACAGAGGAAGAGAACAAACAUGCCAAUAAAUCGCCAAAUAACUUACCUUUUAUUAACUAUAUAAGUAAUUUAUUAAAGCUAGUCUUAUUUAACGGCAAUACAAAAGGCGUUGCUUCUUUAGGAUGUUUUAAACUUUGAAAUAAGUUUUGAUGUAAUUUUAAAGAAAGCCUAAUUUUAUUUGUUACUUUUUGUCAAAAAUUUUGCCAAUUCUCCUUUCCUAUGCAUGCGAUGAUAGAAAUUCGGUUAUUAUUAAGUUUGCAAGUCUGUUUCCGUUUUUAAUUACAAAGUCAAAAAGUGAAA